GUGUCGCUGUGUCGGGCCGACGUCGCGAGUGUUUGUAAUGUCGACGAGAAUGUUGACGUUUAAUUCAGCUCGUCGGGAGCAACGGGUACGCGCCGCGCGAAUGUCGUGAAUAAUGUCAACGGCUUAAUCGUAACUUAAUGCACGUGGUCGUGAUAAUGUUACACGCGACAGAAUUUACGUAAGCUCCACGGGCUUCAUGAACGAACAAUCCUCGUACGCGCGAGGGCUUUGGCUCGAACUGUGACGCGCCAUAUUGGUUCAAGAGAAUUGUUCAUAGUUAGUGGGCUUUGGGUGAUUCAGUUUUUUUUUUUAAUCGCAAAUGUACGUAGAAUAACUAGAGUUUCGGACGAUGGAAGAGACUAAGAUCAUUUAUCACAUCGACGACGAGGAAACCCCUUACCUGGUGAAGCUCACCAUAUCACCGGAAAGGGUCACUCUCGCCGACUUCAAGAAUGUCUUGAAUCGGCCGAAUUAUAAGUAUUUCUUCAAAUCAAUGGACGAUGAUUUUGGCGUGGUGAAAGAAGAAAUUGUAGAUGAUGAUGCCCAUCUUCCCUGUUUCAAUGGACGUGUUGUCUCUUGGUUGGUGUCAGCUGAAGGCAGUAACGUAUCAGAUGGUGCAUCACAGUGCACAGAUUCUGUGGCACACAGCGAGGUGAAGCAUGAUCGUGUAGAUCAUGUAACACCUGGUCAUACAACUCGUGGUCCACCACCACUUUCACAUGAUGACACUUUAACAGAAACUGAAAGUAUUAUAAGUAGUCGACAAGGGCAUCAUUUGCAUAAAAGUUCAAGACAUCAUACAGACAAAUAUGAAAAAUAUAAUAAGUAUAAUGGGCUUCGUAUAAAUGGUCAUUCAAAGCACAGAUCGGGCCACGGUUAUGAGACUGCUUCUAUUUUAAGUUCAGAUUUAGAAACAACAACAUUUUUAGAGUCGGAUGACGAUGCAAGUAGCCGUAUAACGUCGACAACAGGCAGACAUACCAAUAUGAGUAGUACAGUUGACAGAGCUACCUUAGAUCGACGUAGACCGCAGAGAAGACGGCGUCACAGAUUACCACCUAUGUCUAGAACGUCAUCCUUUAGCAGUAUCACAGACAGUACAAUGUCCUUAAAUAUUAUAACAGUUUCGUUAAAUAUGGAUACUGUUAACUUCCUUGGAAUUAGUAUUGUUGGUCAAAGUAACAAGGGUGGAGAUGGAGGAAUCUAUGUUGGUUCAAUAAUGAAAGGGGGAGCAGUUGCUUUAGAUGGUCGAAUAGAACCUGGCGACAUGAUUCUUCAAGUAAACGAUAUUAACUUUGAAAAUAUGUCUAAUGAUGAAGCAGUUAGGGUGUUGAGGGAAGUUGUUCAGAAACCAGGACCAAUCAAAUUAGUAGUUGCAAAAUGCUGGGAUCCUAAUCCAAAAGGUUAUUUCACAAUACCACGUACAGAACCUGUAAGACCUAUAGAUCCUGGUGCAUGGGUGGCGCAUACAGCCGCUAUAAGGGGUGAAGGUUUUCCUCCGCGUCCACCGAGCGCUACAACUUUAACAUCAACGUCGAGUAGCCUUGCGAGCACAUUACCAGAUACAGAAAGACCAUUAGAGGAACUUCACCUUACAGUGAAUACCGAUAUGCCAACAAUAGUACGAGCAAUGGCUCGGCCUGACUCAGGCUUGGAGAUUCGUGAUCGUAUGUGGCUUAAAAUAACAAUACCAAAUGCAUUUAUCGGUGCAGAUGUGGUAGAUUGGCUUAAUACUCAUGUAGAAGGAUUUAUCGACCGUCGCGAUGCAAGAAAAUAUGCAUCCCUCAUGCUGAAAGCUGGUUUCAUUAGGCACACAGUUAAUAAAAUAACAUUUUCUGAACAAUGCUAUUAUAUAUUUGGUGACUUGUGUUCAGCCAUGAGUAGCAUGAAACUAGACUGCGAUACAGUUGGGCCGUUACCUCCACCAAAUGCCUGGGACAUGCCUUAUUCAGGAACAUAUGCUCCUCAUUCUGCAACUGGAUACAGUCCAAUGCCAUUUAAUUUCACUAACGAACCAACCGUGUAUGGUUAUCACCGAGAAGAAAGUGUUCAUAGUGGUUCAGGAGGUAGUAGCGCAGGUAGCGAGCACAUUUGCAAAGAACCUAUCCAUGAUUUAAAGUCCUGUUCUUCGGCGUCUGAAACCGAAUUGCAUAUUCCAUCAGUGCCAACUAUGCAGAGUAAGAAUUCUGGUAAUGGAAAUGGUUCGAAUGGAAAGAGGUCUAAUGGUAGUCGCAGUCGUUCCAGUGGUUCUGAACAGUCUGUGCAGACAGGAACUGGUUCAGGGAAUCAACAGAACCAACAAGACUUAUCUGAACGGCGUAUGCACGAGGAAACUCAUACACAGACUAGCGAUUUGGACAACAAUAGCAGAGACAAUAUCUAUGAGGAAGACAUUUUGGAGUACCAGUUUCUGCAUAAGUGAACAAUAUUUGUUAACACAAUACGUAUACGUAACAGUGGUAAUAGGAGUUGAACAGGAUGUUAAGGUACAUUUCCACUUGACUUUAAUUAGGUGGACGGAAGUAGCACACGCGAAACAUAUAUUUAUAUAUUUAAUAGGCCAAUUUUGAUAAAACGUCAUAGAAGGUAAAGAAUCUAAACUCUCGUAUAAUUUGUAAUGGCUAUACAUAAUAGGGUUAAGGCCAUCGAAUUUCACGUGGUAUUCAAUAUCACUACGAGAAUGUCUGUAUCUACGAUCUGCAAAAAUUGAAGAAUUUCGAAAAACGAUGGCGUGCUUCUUUAACGCAGGGUGCAUGCAGAUUGAGAAAGAAAAAAAAGAAUCUUCAUUACUCGAUACAUGUAUUGUUUUAUUCAUCAGCGUGUCGUACGCACAUAUACUUCGGCGAUAUUGUUUUUAUUUUUAAAGGACAGCGACGAAUCUUUGUAUCACACGUCGCGUGUAUUUUUCAUGUCAUUUGUUGAUUUUUCAAAAAUCGACUUCUUAGAUAAGUCGCGAGCUUUUUAUAUUCACAACGAGGUAUUCCACCGAAUUGAAAUUGUACUUUUGUAUACACCGUAUAAAAAGAAAUACGGGUACAAGAACGUCGGAUCUGCGAGAUGUGAAAUCAAAACGGUUUUGCGUAUAUUGUAAGGCAAACGAGGAAAACGUGUCAGUAAUACGAAUGGAUAUCCCAAAAAUUCCUGAUUUAUUAGUACAACUUACGACUGCAAAUAAAUGCGCCUCUUGUAACCAAGUGUCAGCUCACACUAUGUAAAUUAAUUAGUAUAAAGCAUACCGUAUGAUCACGAAAAGUAUUAUUUCCGCUUCGGAAGAAUCGAGCUUUUUAUCAUUAUAAAUGAACCUUUCGUUGCUAGGGAUGCUUACGAUCGUUCACCGAACGUGUUUAACACGACUAAGCGUUCGAAUCUUUGCACCGAAAGGGAUAACGAGUUUCGUAUGAAACUGUUUAAUCGAGAAUUAAAAAUUGCAUAAUCUUGCCGUCGACUCAGCCGUCGGCGUCGUCUCGUUAGUUUACUUUGCUUUAUACUAAAUAAUUGAACGAGGGAUACAUGUACGAUUUUAUUUUUACUACUCAUCCACUCGAUACGAAAGGCAAUACGUAAAUAAAUUGUAAAAAUAGGAUUGUACAAUUGGUGGAAGUUUUCUUAUCCGGUUCUGUGUGCGAGUUUAUGUGAAAGAUUGUGAAUUGUGUAUCGUGGGGCGAGCACGAGUCUCUUCCUCACAGUAACCGAUCGGAACCUCGACAAGUCAAUAAGAACGUGUUCGAACUGCUCGACUGAAGUAUUUUAUUGUCAUUAUAGAGUACCAUAGUACAAGGCGACAAGAUAGUCAAUCGAUAUCGCAUUUGCAAUAGUUUCCGUUCUAUAUUUUCUAUCCUUGUGAGAGAUUUUUUCAAACCUUUUUCUUUCUUUUUUUUCUUUUUUCAUUAAGCUACGACACCGUGUCGUAGAUACCCCUAAAGUUCAACAACGUUAUUACUCUAUUUAUUAUAUAUGCGAAAUGAACGAAUUUGUAAAAAGAAAGGAAAGCAAAAUAACGACUUAGCAUUCGCUUAAGAUAAUGGUAAACGAGACUUGUUCACGUAUAACGUUUCGCGGACGAAUCGCGAGACUGUACACCAAGGUCAAAUGUUGACGGUUUUCUUUCGAGUUUCUAUGAAUGUAACGCGAACGUUUCUGUCAAUGUAUGUAUGAUGUACGUUGGACGUAACGAACGAUCACAAGGCUCUGACGAUUUCGCGAGGUCGGAUGACAUACGAUGCAUAAGUUAUAGAACGACGAAAGAAUUUCAAUAUAUGUAGUAGUGUGUGGAUAUACAGGGAAAUAGAUUGUAAAGAUUUUUAUGAC